AUGGAGCCACUGUCAAAUGUUACCACUGUAGACUUUACAGGGGGCAGUUCAACUUGGUCAACAGAAAAAGUAAAUUAUCCCGACCAGGUAUUCUUCAAUGCUGCCAGAAUAUUCCAGCAUAUUCAUCGGACGAAACCUCCAGAUAAGAUCCUGGUCAGUUAUGGCAGUGACUCUGGGAUGCCUUUGCCAGACUUCAAAGAUGAAAGAUUGCAGCGCUGGUCCUAUGAGCUCGCUUUUAAUGCUCUGAAAUAUCAAGAUCUGCUUGAGACUAUUUUGCUGGUCAGUGGCUUCUACCAGUCCCAGCCACUGCCAGAUGAAAUGACUAGUUUAGUGGUGGUUAUGUUAUAUGAUUUCCAAGACCACAAGUUUCAGCCACGCUACAUAUCAAACAAUGAUGAAGUGAUAGAAGAUGUACGAGAAGUAGAAAACUUUUUGUGUGGCUACAAAACCAAACUGGCUGCUGCCCUUGCAAAAUGCAGAAUUAAGUAUUCAGCUCCGACCAUUGAAUAUAUAUUGCCAGAGACUGUACGGAAACAGGAACAAAGAGCUUCAAUGGUGCCACUCUAUGCAUGGAUCAAUACAGCCAAAGUCAGCCUCACAGAGGUAUUAAACAUGUUGAAAAAAGAAGGAUUCACUCAGGUGGAAUCUCCCUCAGACCUGGAUGGUUAUAAGUAUUGCCUGGAUGAGCAUUGCCAGGAUUUGCUUGUGUUUCCAACUCAUCUUAAAGAAGAGCUGAGCAGCAUGGACAUGUUCAUUGAUUAUAAGAUUGUAUUACAGGACAAGUCACACAGUGUUGCAGCACAUACUGUGAAAGCCUUGCACAACAUGGACAGUGAUAUUAUUGUGGCCAACCCUUUUCCAGACUUUACCAUCGCCCACCUCUCCGUGCUGACCAGUCAGGGCAUGUGCAGUAUAUAUGUAUGUGGGGUUAAGUCUGAAUCCAGAGAUGAAGAAAUGCAGGAAAUCUUCAAGAACAUGGAGUGUAAAAAUGUAAAGAUGCUCAAAGAGAGUUUCACUGACAUUGACCACAGUGAUCCUAGAUUACAAAAGGCCAGUCUUAUUCUUCUGCUACCUCAGUGCUCUGGAUCAGGAGUCAGCAACCCUGUGGAGUUUAUUCUAAAUGAACAUGGAGACACCUCUCUGCUUCAGGAUCUUUCGCAAGGGUCCGUGUCAGCUGAGAGACUGAACAAUCUGGCCAAACAGCAGCUGUCUGAGAUGAACCAUGCUAUGAAAUUUAAUAAAGUGCAUACUAUUGUAUACUGUACACGCUCAGUGUAUCAACAGGAGAAUGAAAAUGUCAUCAGCCAGGCCCUUCAGUUCAAGAUGGAUGGAACCAAAGUAAAGCCAUACAGGCUGAGUCCACCUGUUAUUUCUGUUUGCCCUCCAGCAGAAAUGGAAACUGCUUGUGAUAAGUUCUUCAAAAUGGAUCCAUCGAAUAAUUGCAAUGGCUGUUUUCUUGCUGUCAUGACAAGAGAGACGGCUCCUUCUCAGUCUGUCUCUCCUGAAGAUAUUUUGGCUCGAGCUGCUGCUAAGGGAUUGCUCAGUGGCAUUCAGUUUGCAAAAUCUCCAAGAAAAGAUGACAAAAAGAAGAAAUCAAAAGCACAAAAUCUUAAAACCACCCCAGCUAUUUCAAACGCUCAAGCAAAGAUCAAUGAGUUCCUAAACCGUGAAAAUAAUUUGAUGAGCCCAAGAACACCAAAAGACCAACAUGACCGAUCUUCUUCUCACAAAAACUAUACCGACUCUUUACAGCUUACGAAGGCACCGAAACAAAGUGGCAUUCCCAUUAUGUCUGUAACAAUGAAGAAUCCAAGUAAUUUCUCUUUCUUGUCCAAAAACCGAGAGACAAGUGCCAUCAGACCAAAGCCAGAAGAUAAGAUGAUUCCACUGAAGCCAGUCCAGAUUAUGCUGCCUCCAGUGACUGUUCCAUUCCAGUACAGUUCCCCACCCGAUGUCAAGAACCGCAGUCCAGUCCAUUAUCAUCACCAGCGCUGGCACUCUGGCAUCAGGUGCAGUCCCCAAGAUCCCUUUAUUACAGCUGUACCUUUUGUAGGCAAGACCAAGGAAAGCACACCGUGGACUGCAGUCCGACAUCCCAAGCCCUGGCACUGA